GGCUGCCGUCUGCAAUCAACGAAAAUGAAACCAGACCUCGGAAACCUCGAAAAUUUCCUCCAAUGGGCAGCUGCACUCGGAGUUUCGGACUCUCCGAUUUCCGUCGCCGCUUCUUCCUCUUGUCUCGGUCACGCUCUCUGCAUUUCUCAUUUUCCAGAUGCCGGCGGGAGAGGUUUGGCUGCUACGCGGUCGAUAAAUAAAGGGGAGUUGGUUCUGAGGGUUCCGAAGGAGGCUUUGAUGACAAGUGAUUGCCUAAUAGGGAACGAUCAGAAGUUGAUGGCCGUUUUGGGGAAUUUUCCAUUGCUCUCUUCUCCCCAGAUAUUGUCGAUCGCCUUGCUUAAUGAAAUAAACAAGGGCCCAAGUUCUGCAUGGUACCCGUACCUAAAGCAGUUGCCUCAAAGUUAUGACCUACUCGCAAGUUUUACUCAGUUUGAGAUUGACGCUUUACAGAUUGCCGAUGCGAUUUGGGCUGCAGAAAAGGCUGUCCAGAAAAGUAAAAGUGAGUGGGAAGAAGCUACUCCGAUUUUGCGAGCACUUAAUCUCAAGAUCAAGUUAAUUUCCUUCAGUGCUUGGCUCUGGGCAUCUGCAACAAUAUCAUCACGCACGAUGCAUAUACCGUGGGAUGCUGCUGGCUGUUUAUGCCCUGUUGGUGAUUUCUUUAAUUAUGCACCUCCAGGUGAAGCUCCCCAUAGUCAUACAGACGAUACAAAUACCGAUAGGUUAACAGAUGCUGGUUAUGAUGAAGCACUCGGAUGCUAUUGCUUCUACGCUAAAAGAAACUAUGAAAAAGGAGAUCAAGUUCUGCUAAGCUACGGAAUGUACACAAAUUUAGAGCUUCUUGAACACUAUGGGUUUCUCCUGCAGGACAAUCCGAAUGAUCAGGCAUUCAUUUCCUUGGAGCCUGAAAUGUAUUCCCUCUGUUCUUGGCCCAAAGAUUCACUCUAUAUUUCCCGAGAUGGAAAGCCGUCAUUUGCUCUUCUCUCCACCAUUCGGCUGUGGGCGACACCAUUGAGCAAGCGAAAAUCAGUUAAACACAUUGCACUCUCGGGCCAUAUUAUCUCAGCUGAAAAUGAGAGCGCGACAAUGGAGUGGAUGAUGCAGAAAUGUGAGACAUUGUUGAGCAGUUGUUCCACCUCAAUUGAUGAAGAUGUGAAAUUGGUAGAUAUUGUUGAAAAACUUGAAGACUAUAAUUCAACAGAUGCAGAAUACAGAGAUUUGUCGAUAUGUGAUGAGAUUCGCGGCUUCUUGGAAAGCCACAGCUUUAGACUACCUUUAUCAGUGAAGUCGAAAAGCUUCAUCUACAAGUGGAAGAUGGCAAUCGAAUGGAGACUUAGUCGGAAGAGAAUUUUGAGGGAUUGCAUCUCAUAUUGUCGUGCCAUGUUAAACAAUGAUUCUUGAUGAGUUAGUACUAAAACUUUUUCGAAAUUUUUGUGUUCUGUAUUGAAUAGGACCUCGAUACAAGGUUUAAACUUAGGAAGACAAGUCAAACAAUGUGAUAUUCUCAAGUUCUUUUAAGAUUCCUUGUAUAUCAUUAGUUUAAU